AUGCAACGGAGAGAGAAAAGCCCUGGCUUAAAGAUCCUCUGGAUUUGGACAUUCGGAACCGCCGCUAUACUCAUUGCGAAUGUGAUGAGAACCGGACUACGGGACUUUCAAUCUGCUAUGAAAGCUGAAGAACAAGAACAACAACAACGAAAUGAUUCCGCAACGGUUAUUGAUUCUCGAUUUCCGGAGGAGAGGGUAAUUGAAGACUAA